CUGCAUCCUGGUGCUCCCGAGUCCCGGGCUGGGAGAGACGCGCCAAGCGAAACACUCGUCGAGCCUUACUUACACAACUUCUUCGCCCAAGGGCCAAGGAGGAUGUUGUUUGCACCCUCACAGCGGCCCAGUCCAUGCAUGUUCGCUGCUGCCAAUUUGAACCAGUUAAGCGUCUCCGUAGAGAGCAUAUUGUUCAUUCCCCUUGCUGGACUUGACUUGUUCUCGGGAGCCUUCUGAUGAUUGCAUUCGGCGUCGUCAACCCAGCCAGAAGACGAUCAGACCCAGACUGACUUGUCCCAAGUCUCAUACACAACCGAGUCCAGGCGAAACGGAGACAAGACAAGCUUAUCCCCCAUCUUCCUCCCCUGUUCUCUCUCGUCCCUUGGUUCGAGAUGGUUCGCUUCCCAGGUGGCCCGUAUGACUGGCCGUUUUCUCCCCUGGCCAUACCCCUCUCCGCUCUCAGCCUGAAGACAGCAGCAGCUGGCCAUGUGCCGUGAAGCAAGGCCGGUUCAUUGCAGAACUAUCCGUUGUUCCAUUUCGGAUGUUGGGGGGGGGACACAAGCAAGCCCAUGACUACGAGAUGGCCAAUGCCCAUGCAGUGGUUUACUCGUCUUUUAAGAUAAACCUAACCUGCCAUUCUCCCCUCCCCUCGACUCCUUUUCCGGUUUCUCUUUCCUUUUCGAUUCUUGACUUCCCCGGGUUUUUGGGAUAUUCCAAUUUAUUCUUAUUUUUGGCACUACCAAGAAAUACCAAGGAUCUGAUCUUCGUGCGCCGCAAGCUUGGCUGCCAAUCACUUCCUGGCUUCCUCUUUUGCUUUCCCUCUUAUUAUUCUUGUUUUAAUACAGCCUUGUUACUCCCCCUUCGACAGGAUGUUGACCGUCCGCUCUCCCUUGACCGCCCUCGCAGUCGUCCUCAGCCUGCUGAGCGUCGUCCACGGCGCGCCGCAGAAUAGGAAAGGAAACGGGAACAGAGGCGGCGGCGGUGGCGGUGGGAAUGGAAACGGUCGCACCAACAGGCAGACCGCGCAGCAGCAGGCCGCGCAGGUGCCCCAAGGGAUCUCGCAAGCGGCCGACGGGUCCAUGAUUCUCGACAUGACGGCGAACGUCAAUGGCCUCGAUCUCCGGUUCAAGAUCAGCGGCCCAGCCGAGCAGUUCACCGCGGCAAGCGGCGUCCCCGGCGCCGCCGCCCAGCCCGGGGCCCAGGGCACCCUCGGCCUCAACGUCCUCCUCCACGGCGAUGGCGGCCAGUCCUUCUUCGACAUGCCCAACCAGGGCGUGCAGCAGAACCUCGCCGGCGUUGCCGUCCUCGCGCCGGACCCGAAUCUCUUCUGGGGAGGCGGCCAAGGACUCCGGCGCACUGACGGCGUCGCCCACUCCCAGGCUGUCAACGACCUCGUCCAGAAGACCCUCCCGCAGAUGAUGGCUUUCAACCAGUCCAACGUCUUCUUCACCGGCGUCUCGGGCGGCUCGCUGAUGCUCUCGGGCUUCUUCAUGCCCGCCCACAUGCAGAACUUUGCCGGCAAUGGUGUGCUUCUCAACUGCGGCGGCCUCGAACCCCAGGUCCCCGUCCAGGACCCCCAGGCCAUCGCUGGCACCCGCAUCCACUUCCAGAGCACCCUCCAGGAGCUCUCUAACCUGCAGGAGGCUAUUCCGGCCUCUAUUAAAGCCUACGAGAAGAUCGCCACGGACGCCGGCCUGAGCACCGACCAGGUAAACGCCAAGCAGACGGUCAACAACUCGCCCAACGGCGGCCACUGCGCUUUUGACGAGCAGGGUUUCGUGUCGGGCAUCCAGCUGGUCGCCAACAACUACGCUACCAUCAUGCAAGGCGGCAACGGCGAGGUCCAGGGCAUCGGGAACGUCUUGACGGGCGUCUCUGGCAACGAGAACUUGCAGUUUACGGGCUCCAACCGGGCGAGGCGCGGCAUAAUUGGCUGAGGUACUGGGGUGUUGGAUGGUGCUCUUUGGGAGGAACGUGAU